AUGGGAAACAUUAACGAGCUUCAAGAACGCGAAGACAAGUCUAUCGAAGACCCCAAUACAAGUAAUUCAGACCAGGAUUCAAGCAUUUCAUCUGACUCAUCGAACCAGAGUUUGACUUUAGUUUGCGAUCGUCAAACCAUGCUACCCUACGGUGACGCCGCUGAGAUAACAGCGCCGCCUUUAUUACAACAAACCAAUAACGCCACUAUAGAAAUUGCUAGUACUAUCAUAGAAGCCGUGGAAGAUACUGAGAUUUCCAUCGACAACACCGCUGACGAUUCCUUCCCUCUUUCGGAAUCAGCAAUCCCAGCUUCUUUCGAGAUCUUAGAAGACUUGAGCCCAGUUCCCAGUGAUAUUUCAGAUACUUUCCUUACUCCGGACAUCUCCAACUCAGAUUUUGGGGACGGCGGGAGAACUUCGCAGUUAAACUUGUCAUCCCUGGACCCCGUCGACCCCCAAGUGGGCAAAACAAAUGGAUUGCAAAUUCGGGCACAAUCCAACGCACAGACUUCAAAAACCGAGCUAACUUCACCGAACUCGACCAAGAUAGCUCAUCAUGACUCUGUUUCAGAGGAAAUUGAUUCAAUAGCAUCUCUUUUGCGAAAUCUCGACCUUGAUGAAGAGAGCUCAGAAAAUAUCCUCAUGGAAAACCAUCAAACAUCUCCUCCAUUUGACGACGCCACUGCUUCUGAGCUCAAGGAAUAUGCAGAAUCGUAUGAAUUGAAAAAUAAUUAUACGCAAGACCUGGCGACUCCAGAAAAAUUUCUAUUUGCUAUGUUAACUGGUGAUUCAGGGCAAGCCGAGUCUAGUGCAAAAUACGACUCGUCCGGGCUACCAGCAGAAUCAUCCACGGAGUUGUCAUCGGCGCUUGUUCGACCUUUAUGCCAGUCUGAGGCUACCCCAAACCCAGCCAUCUGUUCAAAAUUAGAUUCGCCAGAAGAACGCGAUGCGAUUCCAUUCACGGUUCCCAGUGAACCUUUCGAAGAUGACAGCACUUCAACGUCUAAGAAGUCUCCACUGGAUAUGAAUUCUGAGUCUGAAGUCCAGCAAUUUCAGAUAAUCACUGCAAACUAUGAGUCAACCAAGGAUACUAUCUCUGAGACCAUCAACACAUCGGACGAUGUCUUUAAAGAUCCAGCGAAUUCUCUACCCGACAAAAUAUCUUCAAACACGCCAGGAGAUUCAUGUACUACGUUCGAGUCUGCCGCCACUCAGAGCGAGUCCAUAGACGCACAGGAAAACCGGAGUGGCUUGUCAGUGUCUUCGGAGAACUUUUUUUUGGCGACUGGCACUGAAUCAAUCAGGACGAUUCCCCUGGACAAAUCUCAUAGAACAUUGGUCCCGGAAAGCAAUAUCACUUCGGCCCCAGUAGGACUCGAGCUCUUCACUGCAUCAACAAAUUCCAUUAAUACCUGUGCCAUGGCUGACGAUAUAUUGGAGGCACGAGUGGAACACACAAGUGCUAGUGAUAUCACGUCAUCCGCUCGAACUACUCACAUGGCCACGUCUAUUCCUAUUGAAGUUCCUUCUCCUCCAAGACACACCGCAGAGAAACCUAACUGGGCUUUAGCACCGGAAACCUCCCCUAAGCACGAGGCUGAAUCCAAUAAAAAACGGCGUAAACGUGCGCCUCGUCGUGGAAGGAACAUUAAACCUGAAUCUGGGUCUCAGAAGCCCAUGCCACAGUCUUCUAAAAAGAAUUUGCUUGGUGCACAGAAGAUGCCGCCAAAAACCGAACGAGAACAUCUAAAAGACUCUGAGUUACCCGGUAGUUUUGUUUCCACAAACGGAGGUACAAGUCGCAAGAAAAAGUCCCCUUCGCGAGCCCCAGAUUCGGCUGUGGUUCCUUAUGAUAACACCCCCAAGGGCGACGAAGCCGCCCAACAUCCACUGUCAUGUUUAGACACCCAUGUGGAGAGCAUAUCCGGACAGAGUUUCUCCCUUAUGAACUCUCGACCAACAGUGGGACCAGAUAACAGUCUGAGAACCGACACCUUUACAUCGUCAGGGCCUAAGCACAAACCAAACGUUGUUUCUCUAUCUCAAGUACCUUCCAAGAACAUCACGGGGCGUCUGAAGGAACCAAGCGCAAAUCAAAGCAUGAUCAAAGAUGAAACUAGGAGGUACAUCCCUUCACGAUCCUUCAAACGUGAACUUGUGGGAGGUAAAAAGGAGUGCAACCCGCAUGAGCCUGUUAAGAAACCUGGACCUAAAUCCACUAACAACCAACGACCCUCCAUCUCUCGGUCUUCUGAGGAAGAAAGUAACAGGAUUGGCUUAUUCCAAUCUUCGAUCAAUGGACUCACUCGGCAGUCAACUCAUCCUCUCGACAAACAUUUGCCUGCUGGGAUAAAAGAAGGCCUUCCAGUCCCCACUGGAAAUUCGCAAAGCGAGGCCGAACCUUCGAAAACUACCCUUCGACCUGUACAAACAAACGCCAAUAGUAUUACUGAAACCACUAUAAAAACGCAUGACGAAUGGCGUUUUGGUGAAUUUCCAAAUUCUAGUCAGUUUUCAACUGUGUUACCAGCAGAGCCCUUUUCUCAGAUCACAGCGAAAGAAGUAUAUACCAGUGUUGGGCAACCGUUACUGUUAGGUGGGACUGAAGCUGGCAGGUCAAAACAUUCAAUAGCAAGGCUCACGUCCGAGUCAUCUAAAGGCGAAGAGAAAAUGGCGGUUAGAUUUCUACCUGUUGGGUCCAAUAACGCCUUCAGGGCUGCCACAAAAUCGCAGCACGGACCCUCAAACGAACCUUUAGCAGGCAAUGACGGAGCUCCGACUGUGAGAGUCAAUUUACCUCAGAGACGAUCUGGUUCGCUUCCGGAAUCGGGCAGGAUACCCGUAGAAGGACAACACGGCUACAGACGUUCGUUCCAGUCAAAUAUUCCGGUGGCAACGAAAAGAAAUGCAUCGAAAGACCAUGCAGCAACUCCAGCACCAGGACCACUUUUGCUUCAGCAGGCUUUAUAUGGCUCAGACUUGGGGCAGGGUGAUCGCUCCGUCUGUCCCGAUAUUAUGACCGCUCCAUCACCGUCUCAAAACACAUUUCAUACGAGCGGCAUGACCCACACCAGUCUUCCAACUGCUCAGUUAUACUCACGGCGAGCGACAAUUGAUACGAUUGGCUACGCAAGUAAUGCGGAUACACUCUUUCAAAAUCGGUUGACCAACUCAGAGCAGCGCAUUAACAGGACAGGUCCUAUUCCUCGAAGCCAUGCGUAUGGGACGAAUGUGGGGAGACAGGGAAUGAUGUACGUUUUCCCAACAGGCCCCAGUGAGAACCAAGGUUCAAUGCACCGCCAUCAACACAAUGCAGCAUAUCGCACACAGCAUCGGCAACAUCAAUUCGGAAACCCACAGCCGCCUGAUAAUGCGACAGCCUUGGGCCAACCUCAGACUGCGAGAUUCCCGACUGACUUUAUUUAUCGUACUCCUCAAGGUGUUCCGUUUCACAGGGAGUUGUCUGGUUCUUACCUCCAACUCCCAGAUUAUGCAAACCAUUCAAACCAGGGAAAUCUGCGGUAG